AUGGGUAAAGAUAAGAAAAAAGAAAAAAAGAAAGAUAAAAAGAAAGAUAAAAGCCAUAGAAAAGACAAAAAAAGAAAACAUUCAUCUAGUUCAUCAGUUUCUUAUUCUUCAUCUAGUUCAGAAAGAAAAAAGAAAUAAAAAAAAUAAAAAAGAUAAUCUCGUUCAAGAUCAUUAAAGAAAGAGAAAUAAGUCUAAUAACCAUAAAAAUAGAUUAAUGAUAUUAAGAAUUCUAAUAACAAUGAAAUUUAGACAAUAACUCAAGAAGUUGUGAUUAAAUAAUAAUAAGUGGAUAAUAUUGAAUAGAAUUGUGAUGUAAAUAAAGUUGAUCAAGAAGUAUAAAAUAUGGAUUAGAAGCAAAAUGAAAAUUUAGAUGUUGAAAUCAAUUAAGUAUAAAUAAAAAGUAAUGAAUAAAAUCAGAAUAUAAUGGUAGAAGAAUAAAAUAAAAUAGGCAAUUAAGAUGUUUAACCUGAAGAAGAAGAAGAAGAAGAAGAUUAUGAAGAGAGAGUGAAAAAGGUAAAUUAAGAAUUAUUGAAAAAAUUUGGAUUCACAAGUUUUGGAUCUUCAAAAGGAAAGGAUCAUUCAGUAUAUAAAAAUAAUUAUUUAAGGCAAGUGCAGUAGAGGGUGUAUUUAAAGCAGCAAAUUAGAAAAGAAAAUAUAGAUAAUAUAUGCAUAGAAGAGGGGGAUUUAAUAGACUAUUAGAUAAAAUGGAUUGA